AUGUCUGUUCCUCCCUGGCAACGCGCAAUUGCUAUUCCAGGUAUGCUUUUUUUCGGAACUUGCACCGUCGUUAUUCAGAAAUUCUUGUUUGAGCAAACUUCAGUUGGUAGAGACUGCUACAAAAAUCCACACAAAUUCAGCAAGCCAUGGUUCCAAACAAACUCAAUGUUUGUCGGUAUGUGCCUUGCCCUUGUAGUUUAUGAAGUUCAAAGAUGUUUCGAAAAAGCUAAAACACAAAAAGAAGAUACACUUGCUUCUCAACUUGACGAAUCACAAACAUCCGAAGCUGAUAGAGGUAAUAAGAAUCACUGGAAAUUCUACUUCUAUGUUGCUGGUCCUGCUUGCUGCGAUUUACUUGCUACUUCACUUAUGAACAUUGGCUUGCUUUACAUUCAAGCUUCUGUAUGGCAAAUGCUUCGUGGUUCCAUGGUUUUCUUCUCCUCAAUUUUCUGCGCUUUCAUCCUCAAACGCCCACACUAUCCAUACAUGUGGUGGUCUGUUCUCUUCAUUAUCAUUGCCCUUGCCAUUGUCGGUUUCGCUGCUGUUGCUUCUACAGGUGUUGGCAAGGCUGGCGUUACAACAGGCCAAGUUGUUAUGGCCAUUGCUUUAACAGUUGGCUCUCAGCUUAUUCAAGCCUCACAGAUUGUCGUCGAAGACUUCCUUCUCCACGAUCUUACAUGCUCUCCAGUCCUUAUUGUCGGUCUUGAAGGUAUGUGGGGCACAAUCAUCACAUGCGCUCUCUUCCUCCCAAUUAUUCAGAACAUGAAGGGCCCAGAAGGCAAUGGUAUCCAUGAAGAUACAUUAGAUACAUUCAUCAUGAUUAAGAACAACACAGUUCUUAUUAUCUUCGUUAUUUUCUACGUUUUAGUCAUUCUCCUUUACAACGUCACCGGUAUGUUUGUUACUAAUAUUACAUCUGCUGUCGUCAGAACAAUCCUUGAAGGCCUUCGUACACUCUGCAUUUGGAUAGUCCAACUUAUCAUUUACUACGCAGCUCCAAGGAGUUACUUCAACAAGCACCCAGAUAUUGGAGAAGCCCUCACUCCAUGGAGUGCUAUGCAGCUUGCAGGCUUCCUCCUUUUGUUCACUGGAAUGCUCACAUACAACAAGAUUCUCCGUAUGCCAUUCUUCAAAUACCCAACCGAUGGGCAGCCGAAAGUUGACGUUAUCAACGACGAGCCACUCAUUGCUAAGGAUAACUAA